GGCCGGCCAGCCAGCAGACUUAUGAACUCUGCCAAGGAUUUCACUCCUCCUGCAGCCCUAAAGUCCGUGCCACUUGUCUCAUUCACUUGAGCCUUUGCCAUGCACCCAUUUGGGGGGUUGAGGGUCUAGGCACAGACCUCAACAGCCUGGCACCCGAACAGGGACUUGACAGUAGAGACGUCGGUCGUGGAGGGUGACUUACCUUCACUAUGUUCCUGGGGCAGCCCCGAUGCGCAUCUGUUUCACCUUACCUCAUUUUCUUUGGAAAAUCCCUUCAUCAGGAUUCUGAGAAACGAACUCCCCUUCACGUGGCUGCAUUUCUGGGAGAUGCGGAGAUCAUUGAGCUCCUGAUUCUGUCAGGAGCUCGUGUCAAUGCCAAGGACAACAUGUGGCUGACCCCUCUGCACCGGGCCGUGGCUUCCAGGAGUGAGGAAGCUGUGCAAGUGCUGAUCAAGCACUCAGCCGAUGUCAACGCGAGGGACAAGAACUGGCAGACGCCCCUGCACGUGGCCGCGGCCAACAAGGCCGUCAAGUGUGCGGAAGUGAUCAUCCCGCUGCUCAGCAGCGUCAACGUCUCUGACCGAGGCGGGCGCACGGCCUUGCACCACGCAGCCCUGAAUGGCCAUGUGGAGAUGGUCAAUCUACUCCUAGCCAAAGGGGCGAACAUUAACGCAUUCGACAAGAAGGACCGGCGUGCGCUGCACUGGGCAGCGUACAUAGGCCACCUGGACGUCGUGGCCCUGCUCAUUAACCACGGUGCGGAAGUGACCUGUAAGGACAAGAAGGGCUACACCCCACUCCAUGCUGCGGCCUCCAAUGGGCAGAUCAACGUGGUCAGACACCUCCUGAACCUUGGAGUAGAGAUUGACGAAAUCAACGUCUACGGGAACACAGCCCUGCACAUCGCCUGCUACAAUGGCCAGGACACCGUGGUGAGCGAGCUGAUCGACUACGGCGCUAACGUGAACCAGCCCAACAACAGCGGCUUCACCCCGCUGCACUUCGCAGCCGCCUCCACCCACGGUGCCCUCUGCCUGGAGCUGCUGGUGAACAACGGGGCGGACGUGAACAUCCAGAGCAAAGAUGGCAAAAGUCCACUGCACAUGACGGCUGUCCACGGACGGUUCACGCGCUCGCAGACCCUCAUCCAGAACGGAGGCGAGAUCGACUGCGUGGACAAGGAUGGCAACACGCCCCUGCACGUGGCGGCCCGCUACGGCCACGAGCUGCUCAUCAACACGCUCAUCACCAGUGGGGCGGACGCCACCAAGUGUGGAAUCCAUAGCAUGUUCCCCUUACAUUUAGCCGCCCUAAAUGCCCACUCUGACUGCUGCAGGAAGCUGUUAUCAUCAGGACAAAAGUAUCGCAUAAUGUCCUUGUUUAGUAAUGAGCACGUGCUGUCUGCAGGCUUUGAAAUAGACACCCCAGAUAAAUUUGGAAGAACAUGCCUGCACGCUGCUGCCGCGGGAGGUAACGUGGAAUGUAUAAAGCUCUUGCAGAGCAGUGGAGCAGAUUUCCAGAAAAAGGACAAGUGUGGGAGAACCCCUCUGCACUAUGCAGCCGCGAAUUGUCAUUUCCACUGUAUUGAGACAUUAGUGACCACAGGGGCCAAUGUCAACGAAACGGAUGACUGGGGACGGACAGCUCUGCACUAUGCUGCGGCCUCGGACGUGGAUAGAAAAAGUAAGAUGCUACUGGGAAAUGCCCAUGAAAAUUCAGAAGAACUUGAAAGAGCCCGGGAGCUGAAGGAAAAGGAAGCCGCACUAUGUCUCGAAUUUCUGCUUCAAAAUGAUGCAAACCCGUCCAUCCGGGACAAGGAGGGCUACAACAGCAUACAUUACGCGGCUGCCUACGGCCACCGGCAGUGUCUGGAACUGCUUUUGGAGAGAACCAACACCGGGUGUGAAGAGUCCGAUUCUGGUGCUUCCAAGAGCCCACUGCACUUAGCGGCCUACAAUGGGCACCACCAAGCCUUGGAAGUCCUCCUGCAGACGCUGAUGGACCUGGAUAUCAGGGACGAGAAGGGCCGCACUGCACUGGACCUGGCCGCCUUCAAGGGACACACAGAGUGCGUGGAAGCACUUGUCAACCAGGGCGCCUCCAUCUUCGUGAAGGACAACGUGACCAAGAGAACCCCUCUGCACGCCUCAGUUAUCAAUGGACACACCCUGUGUUUGCGGCUGUUGCUAGAAAUCGCAGACAACCCGGAAAUGGUGGACGUGAAAGAUGCCAAAGGACAAACCCCGCUGAUGCUCGCGGUCGCGUAUGGACACGUGGAUGCGGUCUCGCUGCUCCUGGAGAAGGAGGCCAAUGCGGAUGCCGUGGACAUCAUGGGCUGCACGGCUCUACACCGAGGGAUCAUGACGGGCCACGAGGAGUGUGUGCAGAUGCUGCUGGAGCAGGAGGUGUCGGUGCUCUGCAGGGACUUCCGCGGGAGGACGCCCCUGCACUAUGCCGCCGCCCGGGGCUACGCCACAUGGCUGAGCGAGCUGCUGCAGCUGGCCCUGGCCGAGGAGGACUGCUGCCUGCGGGACAGCCAGGGCUACACACCCCUGCACUGGGCCUGCUACAACGGUAACGAAAACUGUAUAGAGGUACUUUUGGAGCAAAAAUGUUUCCGAACGUUUGUGGGAAACCCCUUCACGCCUCUUCACUGUGCAAUAAUAAACGAUCAUGAGAGUUGCGCGUCGCUGCUGCUGGGCGCCAUAGACUCCAGCAUCGUCAGCUGCAGGGACGACAAAGGCAGGACCCCCCUCCACGCAGCGGCGUUCGGGGACCACGUGGAUUGUCUGCAGCUGCUUUUGCGACACAACGCUCAGGUGGACGCCGUGGACAACACGGGGAGGACGGCGCUGAUGGUGGCCGCAGAGAAUGGGCAGGCGGGAGCCGUGGAUAUUUUGGUGAAUGGCGCCCAGGCCGACCUGACCGUGAGGGAUAAGAACUUGAAUACACCCUUACAUCUGGCUAGUAGUAAAGGUCAUGAAAAAUGUGCCUUGUUAAUACUUGACAAGAUACAAGAUGAGAGCCUUAUUAAUGCCAAAAAUAAUGCACUGCAAACACCCCUGCACAUCGCUGCACGCAAUGGCCUGAAGCUGGUGGUGGAGGAGCUGCUGGCCAAAGGAGCCUGUGUGCUCGCCGUGGACGAGAACGGUAUUGGAAUUAGCAGCUCAUGCCUAUUUCUCAGAAGUCAUACCCCGGCCCUGGCUUGCGCUCCUAACAAAGACGUGGCUGACUGCCUGGCCCUCAUUCUGGCUACCAUGAUGCCUUUUUCUCCUUCCAGUGCAAUGACGGCUGUCAACUUCGUUUGUUUUAAAAAAGACAGUUUGAGCAGGAACACCCUCUCCAACCUGGGUAGCACGGUUAGCCUGUGCAGUAACAACGUAGGCUCCGAGGACGGGUACAACGAGAACGACUCUGAUUCCGAGACCUUUUGACUUUGGACCUUAGAUGGCUCGUGUGGGAGGAAGGGAGAAGCCUGGUUUCUAGGCUUCUGCCAUCUUGAAGGAUCACAGUGGGGCCAUGCUUUCAGAAGCGGGAGAGGCGGAGAGAGGGGCCUACGUGGGGAAGCUGCUGUCCACGGCCGGGGUGGGUCUCAGCUCAUGAUUUCCCUCACUCUAAGGUACUUCUGUGAAAGUCUACCUCUCAUUUAAGUAAGGAAUAAAACAUCCAUUUCAUUCUUUUUCUUUGGGAAUGAUGCGAGAGAGGGGCAGCGGUUCACCCAAAAGCACUUUCGCGGGUGUCCACAAGGAGCUCUCAGCUGCAUCUCCGGGUGGCGUUCGUGUGCCAGGAGGGCAGGGGCACCAGGCCGGGAAAAGCCUCUGACCUCUUCUUGCUCUGAUGUUUACUUCCUCACUAGAAGCCAAAGGUAAAGGCGUUCACCUUCAGAAGUAACGCCGCGGUGACCCUUGCAGAAGAGUCCAGCUAGUCCUUUCCUGUCUGUAAUGAGCGCUUAAAUAUCCAGAACUUCUUCCUGAGCAUCUCUGUUAGUUUCCAGAUGAAUGGGAAUACUGAAAUUGCUCCUGUUGUUUAACACAAAUACAGCACCAGUGCACCCCUAACACGCCUGUGACUAAUUUUCACCCGAGUGAUGAUUAAACCCCAAUUGACCGAGUAACAUUUCAGGUGAAAAUUACACUGCACCCAAACUUGGAGAUGAUAUGCAAAUUGAAUGCAAAACUACUCUUUGUUGAUUUGUUCUUAAAUCAAAAUACUAAUUUUCUAAACGCAUCUGAUUCGCCAGCACUGUUGGUCACUAGUGAAGUGCUAAGAGAGCUUUCUGGUCAAGGUGACGCCCAGAAAGUGAAGGGAUCCAGAAAGUGAAAGCCGAGCUCUAGGGGCAGGAUGGUGGAGUCAGCGUAGUGAGUGCUGUGUCUGCUCCCUCUGCCAAAGCUUCUAGGUCAAACGGACCCCGCUCCGCAUCUGGGACAGCUGUACAGAAAGAAGAAUGAGACUUACAACUUGUGCACAUAGGCACGCACACAUCCGUGCACACCUGUGUGUGUGUGUCUGUGUGUGUGUGUGUGUGUGUGUGUGUGUGUGUGUGUGUGUGUGUGUGUGGCUCAUCGGCCGGCUGGACACAAGGACCAAAAGCUUCAGUCUAAGACGGAAGCUCUAAAGUGUUUUCCUUCAAAGUGCAAGUAUGAACUGAAGUAGCUUUUUUAUGGACUUCAAAUAUAAUGAUCUUUUCCAAGAACCAGUCUUUGUUGUAUUUUACAUUUCUUAUGACAGAGAUUUCCAGCUGACAGUUGAACAUUUGUAACUGAUAAUGUGUUGACCACAGUAUUUUUUUUGCUAGAGAUGUCCAUAUACUUUUGAUGUAAAUGUGUUUAUAUUUAUUUGAAUGGAAGAAAUACGAGGAAGCAUCGCUGUUUGUUCUUGGUUUUCAUUGCUGUGUAUUUUAUUUAGAAUAAUUUAACAAAAAAUAGAAACCACCCCGGACCCCGGGCCAGCUGGAAGCCCUGGGGACAAGCCCAGCAUUUCCCCUGCAAAGGGUCCCCGCCUGCUCUCGGGCUCUCCUGCCCAUGAGUAGCCAGCUUGGAGCUGAGGAGGCACCACAGCCCACACCUCCCCUGCAAGACGGGACCAGCAUGUGUGGCGGAUCCUGUGCACAGAGGUGCUGCAGGAAAAGACCCAGGAAUUGCCCUACAACCACAGAAAAUCUCACCCGGUCCUAGCAAGCCAAAGGGAAACGCUGCCAGUGUGGGCGCUGGGCCUACGAGACGAUAAAAUUGCAGGCUCGGCUGCAUUUUCCACUGAGGAAGCGCAGGAAAGGAGCUGGCUCAUGAGGGCAGGAUUGUUGGACACUUUACGAUCGGUUCCACCUUCCCCCCAGAAAUGCGUGAGAUAGUUUUUAAAAUAGUGUUCUCUCCCAUCUGGAUCAAAUACAGACACUGUAAUGACAUUUUGCAUUUAGCUCUAAAAGGCCUUCAUCUUCCUCUCGUAACAUAAUGGAUUUCAUUAAACUCACCUUGGGUCCUUCGCAAGUGAGAGCUUGUUCCAAAGUCUUAGAGAACUGGUACUCAUUUCAUCAAAAAAUGCAACGCCACCACCAUGAUUUUUAGAUUCUCGGUGUGUGUUUCCCUCCUCCUUUUCCUCUUUUUGUUUACGGAAGAGAAAUCUUUUAAAAGUGGGCAAAUGGCUAAUGAGCAAUAACGACUCUUUCUUUACCAAAAGCCUGAAAAUGAGGGAGCUGCAGCGUGGAAGAAGCCUGCCCUCCCUACUGCGGUGUCUUUUUCUCGCAGUGAGUGGAGAUCGUGCUAGUGGCAUUUAAAGCGGAAAUGAGAGGUGAAUGGGGCAGCGGCGUUAGCCUUCCCCCCUAGAGCAGCAGGGUCCGGGCUCUGCCAGGGAAGCGGCCAUCCCGAUCUCUGCCCCGUGGGCUUUUCCUCAUUGUCUUGCUGCUAUAGGAAGGAAGAGAAAUCACCAGGCUCACCACAACUGAUCCUUAAACCAAGGUCUAGCCUUCCCGCUCUCUCACCCCUCUGUUUCAUAAGAGAUCAAACUUUUUAAAAGAAGUGACAUUAAAAACGAUCGUCUCUAUGUGCUCCAAUUACAUGUCUUACAAAUAAUGUUUGCAACCCAGCUUGGUAAGAAAGAAGGCAUGCUUUUGAGUGUUGGUUGCUUAGUGCGUUUCCCUAAACGUGUUAUUUUUAGACUCAUUUUUGACCAGUCACAGGACCACGUUCGCCUCACUUACCUGUUUGUUCACCAGUGUCUGCCUAUCUUUGGUAAAUACAUUUUGUGUCUCCAAAUUGCCUACAAUCUGCUAUGAUUUUACAGUAAAUAGCUCAGGGGACUUCUUCUUAUCACUACUAAAAGGGCACCAUCGUAUGUUUUGGUACUUUAGGCAGUACACAGCUGCUUGACUUACUCUUUUGUUAUGAAGUUAGACAACAUUCAGUGGAUUUGCUGCACUGGUGUGUCUGUGUACUGUCCGGCAACUUGGUUUGCGUAUCUGUUGUGUGGUUGAAGAGCUCAUCCCUCUUGUCCUGUAACAUGAAGUUAGAGUGCCUUUUAUAUUUGUAUAUUCUGAAAAUGUUCUGUGAAACAUUUUGUAUUUUUUCAUUUGAGUGUUAUCAGAGCAAUAUGAUACCAGUGAGGUUUCGUUUCAACCUUUCUUCGAAUGUACAGUGUCUUGUUUUUCUACUUGCCCCAUCUCUGCUUUGAAAUGAAAAUGCUAAAGUUUUCUAUAGGAGUUAUGUUUGAUAUUGCAGAGCUAAAAUGCCUUCUCACACAGCUGUAAACCCUAGGUCAGUAUUAUAGGAGAAGAGCAUUUUAGGGCAGUGACAAUCGGAGUGUGCGCAUAACAUGUAACUUGAUGCGUUUCUUAGGCAGCAAGCUAAAGGUUCAGUGCAAGUAUCUUCGUUUGGUAGUUCUGUUACACCCUUUAUGCUUUCACAUGUGCAAUAUAUCUUUGCAAAGCCCGGUGAUACAAAUCUGGUGCCAGUGUUACCUUUUGCAUAACAUGUUUGUAACAGCCUAAAAUAUGGUUGGAUGAAUUUGGUGGGAUUUUGUCUGUAAUGUUUUCUUAUGUAAAUCGGAGUUGGAUGACUCUGGUAAAUGUCAUGACUGUAAAAAAAAAAAUGAGGAAAAUUUGUUUUUAGUUCAGUGAAUGCUUGGAACCAGCCUGACUCUUCUGAAGCACAGUUUAAUACCUUUGCAACUACUGGAUGCUCUCAUAACACAAUGAAGUGCGAACUGUGACAUACUGUGGAAAUGCAUUCAGAUGGUUAUUUUUGCAAAUAAAAGCGGUACAAAUGUU